UUCUGAAAAUGGUUGUGAAAGUCUUCUGUCCUUGGUGUUCACCUAUUAGGUAAUCCUAAUUUCCAGCCAGAAAGGUUGGCACUAAUCCAGCAAACAAAGCACCGGAGUGCCAUAGCAUAUGCAAACUGAUUCCUUUCACCACUAUAGGAGCUGCAGCCCAAAACAUAGCUUUGAAAAGUAAGAAAGAAGAAAACUAAGGACCUUCAUUUGGCAACAGCUCAGUGCCUGGGACACUGCAGUGAAAAUGUCUGGCCACCAUUCUAGCCCACCCAAUUCUAGGAGAAAUUCUUCAUCCAAUACCAUUGCAAGGGCUGUGAGCAGCCAAUCUGAACAUCGAGAAGGUAGCAGGAAUUUGAGAUGGACGCUAUGUAUUGUUAUUGUUAUAGCAGCAUAUUUAUGCCAUAGAAAAUUUGGUUUGCAAGAAUUCACGACAUCAGAAGGACACACAACCAAAUAUGCAGUGGAUCCAGAGUGCUUCUUUAAUGUUAGUGAAAUAAUCCAUUAUCAUGGAUUCCCAAGUGAAGAAUAUCUUGUUGAGACAGAAGAUGGAUAUAUACUUACAGUCUUCAGGAUACCUCAUGGAAGAAAUAAUGGUGCAGAUAAAGGCUUAAGGCCUCCCGUGUUUUUGCAACAUGCAGUGCUGGGAGACGCCACCCAUUGGAUUUCCAAUCUCCCCAAUAACAGUUUGGGUUUCAUAUUGGCGGAUGCCGGCUACGAUGUUUGGCUUGGAAACAGCAGAGGCAACACAUGGUCUAAAACUCACAAGACACUGAAACCCGAGGACGAGAAAUUCUGGGAAUUUAGUUUUCACGAGUUGGGAUAUUAUGACCUUCCAGCAGUCAUAAACUUCAUCCUGAAUAAAACUGGGCAACAACAACUAUAUUAUGUCGGCCAUUCUGAAGGUGGGACAACAGGUUUCAUAGCAUUCUCUACACGGCCAAAAUUGGCUGAAAGAGUCAGAGUAUUUUUUGCAAUGGGAUUUGCAGGCACAAUUACGUUCGCAAGAACACCAGCUCUAAAACUUUCAAGGCUUCCUAAAACUAUGUUCCAGAUUAUAUUUGGCAACAAAGGAAUAUUUCAGUACCCUUCAUAUUUGAGAAGGCCAAUUAUUGCGUUGUGUACCCGUCAGCCGAAAUUCUGUGCCAACAUUGUUUUUACAAUAACUGGAUAUAACGCCCCAAAUUUAAACAUGAGCCGACUUGAUGUAUAUGUAGCACAUAGUCCUGCUGGAACAUCUGUGAGAAAUAUUUUGCAUUGGUUCCAGUUACAUAAAGCAAACCUCUUUCAAGCAUAUGACUAUGGUUCCAAGGAAAAGAAUAUGGAGAAGUACAAUCAGACAACCCCUCCUGUAUACAAAAUAGAAGAUAUAAAAAUACCAAUCGCACUCUGGACUGGUGGGCAAGACUUGUGUACAGAUCCAAAAGAAAUAGCAGUGUUAUCCUCACGCAUCAAUAAUCUCAUUUAUCAAAAUCACAUUCCUGAAUGGCAGCACCUAGACUUCAUCUGGGGUCUUGAUGCAACUGAAAAGAUGUAUAUGCAUAUCAUCGAUACAAUGAAGAAGUAUCCAUUAACUCCAGCAGCUGAGGUUCAGGAGCCUUGCUAAAGAAACAGAUGUACACAGAGAUGAUGACAAGUCUGUAAUACAAUUCAGUGUUUGAAAUCCUGCUGUUCUGAAGUGUAAAUGCAACUGAACUGAUACUUUAGAUCAG